AUCAGCGCCAGUAGAUGGCACUGCAUGUUAAAAUGGCUGCCUCCAAUUCGGCGGUAAAUUUAGGUGCACGUCUGUGGACACCAUACAAAGAUCUAAACAGCAUCGUGGAAAAUGCCAUUCUUCUGAAAAGACCCUAUGUUAUACAUGAUCUGGAGGUUGCACUCAGACGUCACAAACCUGAUUUUCUGUCUCUGCUACAGAAUCCUACAAAAAACCCAGCUCACAGGGAAAUGGUGAAGAAUGCAGCGAAGGAAGGUUUACCAAUCGAGGGCCAGAAGGGAUCGCAGCUGCUCAGCAGUCACCUGAUCGAGGAAGCACUGAUCAUCAGCGACCUGUUCAACCUUAACGAGAUAGCUGCCGUGGAAUUGCUCCUUGCAGGAGAAACACAGUUAUCGAGUUUUCCUGGUCUGAAUCGCGGCCUAGUAGCUGUCUUGCUUUACUAUGACGGCCGCUCAAGCCUUGUUGGCGCUCUCAAAGCCCUUAUUCAGUCACGGGAGGGCAAGACUUGGACACUGGAACUUGGAGCCGAGCUGGUUACGAUGACAGUCCGUUAUACAGACCAACUGAUGGAGGAAGGUCUAACUGGGAAGAUUCUAGGUUUAUUGAGUUCACUGGAUUUAACCAAAGAAAUUAACAAGCUACACGAAGACAGAGGGCUUGGCAGUCCACGUCACAGAAAGCAGGUGUUAGAUUUGAUGAAGGAGAUUCGUCAGCAGCUUGCAGACUGUCUUCUCUGGUGGUCCUGCGGCCAGACACCGUUGGAUAAGCACAACACUUUACAGUUGCUUUCCCAUAUGAAAAAGGACAAAUGUCUGAGUGCAGAUGGUUCAUUGGAAUCCAGCACCCUAGCUUUGCUUAUGGCUUUCCUCUACUGCAUUGACGUGAGUGUACUGGAGCAAGCUGAGGAUACAGAGGGUGUCCUCGAGAAGUUGCCGAUACUCGCCGAUGCCGGAUUCGUUCCCGCUCUGCACAAGGAGAUCCUAGCUGAGUAUCGAUGGGAAUGCACAGAGUUGAAGACCAUCGUGCAAUUUGCCUGGGGAGUCACACUGCGUGUACUCUCUCAGCAUCCAGCCAGCCAAGGUCUGAAUGAGUUCCUGGAGGAAGAUGAGAAUGUCGUGAACAACGUGAUUGACAACGGCGUGUUCCUCAUGCUGAACAAACUGCUCGUGUCGGUUCCUGGCUUUCACCAGGAGGAGAUGUACAUGCGACGAAUGCACACGCUCGUUACCGACUUCAUAUCACUGAUGCCGCUCAAGAUGGCAGCACUUUAUUCUACUGACCCGUUAGGUCUGCAUCUCACCCUGGACUACUGGUAUCCCACGGAUGCUAUCACAGGCGGUGUGCCUGCCAGCAGCAAUAUCUAUCAGCGGCCACCACAGCGACAGGCAAGUUUGUUCAAGUUUGUGAGGAUGGCCGGUGACUUGUUGCCACCCUCGCUGUACAUUCCUUACAUUGAGAUGCUCACAAGUCUCGCCACCGACCAAGCGUCUGCCCAGCACUGCUUCAAUCUUCUAAAGAGCAAUGGCGUCAAUGCGGGUGGUCAGUACAGCACGAUAUCUUGGGAUCACUUCUUUCACUCGAUCACGCAAUACUAUAGCAACCUGAGACAGGAGACCCCUGCUAGCAGCUAUCAGCAUCUCUACUGGCAGAAGCCUCAUUCUCGAGGCAUAACGCCUCAGGAGCUCGAGGGCCUUCACUCCGUACUUAAACUCAUCAGGAAGGUUUCAGAGGAGGAUGAGGUGGCACGCCUCUCUCUGUGUGAGAACCAGCAGUACCUCCCCAUCGUUCUCCUCCUCGGCAUGGUCACAUGCAGCGUGCCAGCCUCCCUCAAGGGAGAGUUCCUUGACGUGCUCGCCGCCUUCGCUCGCUCACCAGAAGUCGCCAUCAACCUGUGGCAGUCGCUGGAGGUGUCGUCCAUCUUGCAGACGGUGAAACCGAUGUCUGUGUCGGCCACCAACACUGGCAGUGGUAUCCAGGCGGACGUGGAUGAGGUGGAGGCGAGGAAUGAGGAAUUCCCGAUGACUCGUGGUUUCCUCGCGCUGCUUGAUUCGCUCACUAACAUCCCCGUGCCCGAGGGACUCGGCGCCGGUUACCGCGCUCCGGGGUUCGACCCCUACAUGACCUUCAUCAGAGACACGGUGUUCCUCAAGUUUAACACGAGAGCAUACAAGAAUCCUGCAGAAAAGUGGGACAUAGCAGCCAUGUGUCUGGAUAUGUUCUACAAGCUUCUGCGUGGGCACGAGGUGGUGCUGGAGGACUUUAGUGACGAGCACGUGGAGCUGCAGGGAGGCGGAGUGACGGUGGCAAACAAACCUCCCGGUCACAACAUCCUCAUACACAUGCUGUCGGACGGAGCCUUGCUCAGGAUGGUGUUCUUCAUCAUAGACGAGGGAGUGCGCUUGUUGGACGAGUAUCGCGACUUCGCGGGCAAGUCUAGCCUCGAGCGCUGCGCCUUGCUGUGUCUGCGGCUGCUGCAGGCCACGCUGGAAAGGCAGGGGGAGUUUCUUGAUGCACUGAGGGAGAGCGGCGUCGCGCUGAUGGUGACGCCGCUGGAGAGGCUGCUAGCGGGCAUCAACGUGCGCACGGGCCGCGCCGACAACCUAGUCAGCAUCACCAAGUACGUGACGUACAGCUCCUGGAUUCCUGCUCAUGCUCUAGCCAGCAUCAACAUCCUGAAUCUUGUUGCUCAAGCAACAGGGUCCUCAUCAGAGCUUGUCGGCCUCAUGAUGGAUAUGACUGUGGAGCUCAGGCAUGGCUUCGUCGAAUGCCUAGAGAUAGAUGAUUGUGAAGACAACACAUGGCUCAUCAGAACUCCAACAGCGGCGGAGCUGAGUGAGAGUCACAUCAGGAACCUGACGCGUCAGAGUGCUCUGCGUCUUAUUCUGCUCACACUGGAACAUCCUGCGCCAAAUCUCGCUCACCUGCUGUUAGGUUAUGAACUCAGGAAGCCAGUGAGCAGUUCUAUCUUGCAGGAUCCAGGUGUGCUGGGGUCGCCUCGCACAUGUCUACACGCCAUGCUGGCGCUGCUAGACCGUGGCCUCGGCCCCAACGCCCCGCCCGGCUGCCUCUACGACACGCCCGUGCUAGCCGAGCUCGCAUACUCUCUCAUCUACGCGCUCUGCUCGAACAAGGACACGUGGAACCCGACGCUCCGCUACCUACGGUCGGCCAACGACUUUCUCUACACGCAGCUGCAGAGUCUGCCGUUCAAGGGUGAACAGUACUUGUGCCAUCAGUCAUGGCUGCUGAAGUGCAUAGCCAUAGAACUGCGGGUGACAGCAGCCAAUAGACAGACUUCCUACGUGCAGCGAAUGGUCUCUCUUCUAUUGGAUGAUGCACCCACGACACUCCAGAAAGGUGUGAGACCUGAGGGUGUGCUUGAUUCGGACACCCUGCUCUAUGAGUCUGAUACGACUCUCUUCCCAUUCGCCACAUCUCGUUCCGGGCCGUCAAUCACAAGCGAUCAGUUGAAGAGGAAGAUAUUGUCGAUUUUGGAUUCCAUCUCUUUCAAGCAGAAAUACCCUGAUCCUCUGCGACUUGAGUACUUUGACCAGCAAAUCAUUGAACAGGUUAUAGCGUCAUGUGAGCAGAGGAGUCUGAAGGGAGUGAAGUAUUGCGACGUGAAGCGUCUUCACCACAUACUCCAGGACGAACUCAACCAGAUACAGGGAUCCGCCGCCAUAGGUCAACGCACGGUCAUCACCAAGGUGCUGGACGAUGAAUCGGUAACGGAGCUGACCUCUCCAGCGGCUGGGGUCAUCCUGAUCCUGCUAGCAAAUCUCCGCCAUUCGUUCCUCGCCACACAGGCGGAAGACGUCACCGUCAUCGACUCCUCCCAGUACGUUUCGGUGCUCGACGAUUCGUCCGGCUCGCAGCAGACCGCGACGCCAUCUAGUGGUCUGUUAGCGCAACACGGAGCAACGUUGCAGGUUGUGUUAAAGGGGUUGAUUGACAGCAUUCUAAAGACGGGUGGCGUUUAUCAGCGAGUGCGAGCUAAUCUCUAUGGCGCCCUACUGAGCUAUCUUCGAAUUGCUCAUCGGGUAACAGAGGUGCCCAUUUUCGAGGGCUCAGGAUUAAAGAUGGAGGUGAGACCUCGACGCAGGAACCAGACGGAGGUAGAGAACCUCGCCAGUGAUAACGUGGGCGUCAUCCUGUCUUACGGGGAGGGCCUGAUGGAGGUGGUGAGCAGAGAUUCGUGUGAUGGGCACGACGUUGGCAAGAUGCUAGCAUUUGCUACGCUGGACGCUGUUAUCGCUACGGACAAGGCUGACCACUGGAUGGCCUUCCUCGGUAAGAAGGGAUAUCUGAGACACUACGUAGAUUCCCUCCUGCAGGACAACGGCAAGCUUCAGGAGUCACUGAGUCCAGUGCCGGAGCCGCUGCGUGCGCUCUACCUGUACGAGUCCAAGAUGGGAUUACUAACAAGAAUCGCCCAGAGUCCGUCUGGCGCUCAGAUGUUGCUACAGUGUGGAAUCAUGGGAAGGCUGGCCGAAUGCACAGUAUUCAGCAUGCGGCCACAGCAAGAAUACAGUCUGCCACGAACACAAAUUGGAGGAUUGCAGUAUGAAUCUUUUCUGCCCACCGUGAUGGACAGAUACAGACAGAUUCUGCAGCCAGCACUCAAACUCUGUCUGGCGAUUCUCAUGUCUCUAGGAUCACGCAACAAGCAGGCAGCUAAUGAGGUGUUGGGAUUUCUCGUGGCACACAGUGAGAUGGUGAGCAGCGUGCUACGCGACGCGCCGACCUCGCUUGACCUUGCCUCGCUGCAAGAACUGGCACUUGUCACCGCAGUGGUGGCGCGCUCUGCUGUUGAAGAUCCGGACGACGAGGCAGCGAUGGCGGCGGAUCGGAGCGCGUUCGAGGCGCAAAGCCACGUGUCUCGCAUCCAGAGACAGAUGCUGGCGCUGCUUUCGCGCUACAGCAUGACCGAGUCGCUGCGCAGUCACAUCAACAGCAUUGAGGAGCUGCAGGAGCGGGAGGGACGCGGCGGCGGCGGCGGCGGGCCGGGGCGCGGAGACGUUAAGGCCAUGAUGAGGUUGUCAGUGCUGCAGGUGGCGGCCAACGUGCUGUCCUACUGCCGUAGCCUCGUCAGUCAGUCCGGUACAAGUGCGAAGUUUUGCCGCAUUCUGUUUGCACCGAACUUAAAGGAAGCUUUGGUCAGGGAAUCAAGUGGUAAGCAGGACUUUUCUGCUAUAUAA